AAGAUGGCGGCUGCGGGCCGCCGCGAGGCAGGCUGGGGAUUGUAGUUCUCGGCCCGGUGGGGCCCGCGGCCCGGAGCGCUCAGCGGGAGCAGACUCCCCUCGCUCCCAGGCUCGGGGCCCGCAGAACUAGCCCCGCAGCCCCUUAACGGUCACGCGGGGGGCUCGGUCCAGGGACUCUGGGGGGCUGCAGCCUGGCUACGCUUCCCCAGGGUUCCCCGGGAACGUGUUUAGGGGCUGCCAGCCGCCGAGCGCGGGGGAGGGAGAGCCGUCGGGUCUCCCCCCAGGCCCCGCUGUCUGGGCACGCGGGAGCAGCCCACGCGUGACACAGCACUGGCCAGACCUGGGCUCCAUCUCGCCCACCACCCUGGCGCCGACAGCGGCCAGCAGACGCUGCCGAAGAAGCGGCCGCAGCGCGGGCAGGAAGCAGCGAUGCUCCGGUCCCGGGAAGGGACGUUCCGGUCCGAGCCGGUCCGCGCGUGGCUGGCUCGCAGGCGGUGCGAGGGGCAGAGCGAACGCGGCUGUCCGGGCUGCCGGGAUCCCCGCGGGUCCCAUCCGAAGUGCCCGGACCCGGCUCCACUUGCCGCCCUCCCCGCUGCGGGACUGGAGCGGGUGUCCCACAGUACGCCAGCCAGGUGCGGCAGCAGCGGCCACGGGCCGAGACGGGUGGGCCCCUACGUGGCAUGAGCAGGGCAAAGUGCACCGAAGGGGGAGCUGAGAAACACGGCCCGAGUAGUAGUGCCCCACCCACAGCCGCCGCCAGCACGCGUGGGGGCUUUGGAGGGUUCUUGCAGAACCCCUGCUAAGUCCCGUGUUUAGCCCACACGGGCAGCCAAGGUUCGUGGGCGGCCCUGACCCUCCCUUUGUAGCCGCGGCACCUCAAAGCACAGCGAGCAUCUCCCGCGUGGGCAAGCCCCGCGCGCUCACAUCCACUUGCGGCCGGCCGGCGGCCCAGCCCACGGGAGCCACCCCGCCUGGCCUGUGAACAGCAACAGGAAGAGGAACCACCUCGCUCGCCGCCACUCGCCCGCCUGCCUCCCUCCUCCCCACGCGCGACGGGAGCAGAGCGGCGCGGCCCCUUUAAGAGCCUGGCUGGCGGCCCGGCCCAGCCACGUGCAGCGGGGGGUCAGGCGCCCCGGCCGGCGGGGGCUCGAGCCCUGCGGGCGGCAGGCUCCGCCGGGCUCCCAUGGCUCCUCCCGGCGCCUUCGGACACCUGAGCCUGGCGCUGGGCGCCGCCGUGGCCGCCCUGGGCUCGCUCCUCUUCAUCGCCUGGAGAACCUACUUCCCCGGCGGCGGCCGCUGGGGGGCGCGCUGGGAGCCGCCGCUGGCCGCGGGACAGCUGGAUUUCUCCAUGCGGCAGGUCCUGGUGCUGGGCCUGGAGGGAGCUGGGAAGAGCAGUGUUCUCCACUACAUCUCCAGCGAGGCAGCCAAGGACCGCACAGCUCCCACCCAGGGCUUCAACUCAGUCCAAGUGUACGCAGACGGUUUCCAGAUCGACCUGCUGGAACUUGGCGGCAGCCAGAACCUGCGGUUUUACUGGAACCAGUACCUGAGUCAGGCCCACGUGCUGGUGUUCGUAGUGGACGCUGCAGACAGGCCACGCCUCCCCGCAGCGCGACAGGAGCUGCAGUGGCUGCUGGCUGAGGACCCUCGCUUGCCCUUGGUCGUCCUGGCCAAUAAACAGGACAAGAGCGAUGCCCUGAGCGCGGCUGAGCUGCACCGGGAGCUGGCCCUGCACACGCUGAACGAACAGAGGGAGUGCUUCCUGCUGCCUACGAGUGCCACGCACGCCGCGCUAGCCACUGCCACCAGCAUCCGGCACGUGAAGAGUCUGCUGGUGGAACUGCUCUCCCAGCUCUGAUGUGCUCUUCACACCCUAGGGACAGGCAGGUUGGACUGACCCUGCUGCUGCUCGUGUUUGCUUGGACUGGAGACUGCUGGCUCUGCACUGACGGGCCAGAGCCGCUCUACUCCCAUGCACUCCUUUGGGGCCUAUGCAAGCUGCCCGCAGCUGGCUGGCCCAGUCAUGGAUCUGUGGCGAGAGGGGAGAAAAGCCUUUGUCCCCUGGCAGCUCAAGGGCAGAGUCUCCCAUCUCUAGAUGGGGCACGGUGAUGUUUACACACAAUAUCCCAAACCCCGCGCAGCAGGGGCGGAUGGGCACCAUUCAGCCUGGUGCACGCGGCACAAAAGGGGCCCCGCAGUGCCACAGCCCGUAAAGGCCCUGCUGUUUUGCAGCCCAGUUAGACGGUUGUGCCCCAGGUAAAUGACAUUUAAAUUGACAACUCUAAAUGAAGGAUGUGCAGGCAGGCCUGGUGGGUGCUUCCUGGCCCAGGGAGGGCGGGCCAUGGGGCAGAGGAGGGGCCGUAGGAGCUUCUGCAACGAGGCUCUUCUCUGGCAGGCAGCAAUUGUCUUUCCAUGGUGUGAAGGGAGCAGAAUCCCCCCUGCGGCCAGGGCUGCUGCAGGGGGCAGGUGCCUGACAGACAGAGCCACUGGUGCCAGUCCAGCCUCCAAGCAAAAGGCUGCAGUUGGUGCAGUUACUUCCCUGCACUCACACACGCACCCCCGCCGUGAGGAAAGGCAUUCGCGGCACCUACCGGCCUGGAGCAAAGCUCCACUGGGAGAGUAAAUCACCCCCAGAUCAGUGGCUGAAACAGGGUGGGGCAGGGGUUGAGGGGAAGGGGUUGAGGGCCAGCAGAUCGAGGGAUGUGAUCGUUCCCCUUUAUUCGACAUUGGUGAGGCCUCAUCUGG